AUGUCUGGACGUGGAAAGAAAACUGCUCCACCUGGCAGACCCGGAGCUGUGCCGAAGAAAACAAAAUCAGCCAAGGCUGGCCUGCAGUUCCCAGUGGGUCGUGUCUAUGGGCUGUUGAAAAGAGGCAGCUAUGCUGAGAGAGUAAGUCCUGCUGCGGCCAUCUACCUGGCUGGGGUGCUGGAGUACCUGAGCGCGGAGAUCCUGGAGCUGGCGGGAAACGCUGCCCAGGAGAACAAGAAAAAGAGGAUCCUGCCGCGACACAUCCAGCUGGCCGUGAGAAACGAUGAAGAGCUGAACAAGCUGUUCUCUUGUGUGACCAUCGCUCAAGGAGGGGUUAUGCCAAAUAUCCUUUCCCAGCUUCUUCCCAAGAGAACUCAGAAAGAACCUGCUCCUUCCCAGGAAUGA